GCAUCAAAUUUUAAGGGGAACAAGAAAAGCUUCGUUGGAAAUAGUUUCUUCAACAAAGAAAUUCUCGUAGCGGCAGGGAAUCCUGAUACUCUGGAGUCUGGACUCAAAGUUUUCAGCUUUGCAUACCAAUAAGGCUUCGUGCGUCCCGCAAGGUGUGAUUUUCUUCGCUCCGGGUUUCAUCACGAUUUUCUCGGUACAAUGGCGACUGUCGCAGUGGUAUCCCAGUUGAAGAAACAGCCUCGGCCUGGCCGGGGCGGAUACCAGGCACACGGGCUAACCGAGGAGGAAGCUCGGGUACGAGCCAUAGCGGAGAUCGUGAACUCCAUGGUGGAGCUUUCUCGCAAGAACGAGACCGUGGACUUGAACGCCCUCAAAUCCGCCGCGUGUCGCAAGUAUGGGCUUGCUCGUGCUCCAAAGCUCGUGGAAAUGAUAGCGGCGCUGCCCGAGUCGGACCGCGACUCGUUGCUUCCUAAGCUGCGGGCUAAGCCGGUUCGAACGGCAUCUGGGAUUGCCGUCGUGGCCGUCAUGUCAAAGCCGCAUCGGUGCCCCCACAUAGCCACGACGGGUAAUAUUUGCGUUUACUGUCCUGGUGGACCAGACUCCGAUUUUGAGUAUAGUACUCAAUCUUAUACCGGUUAUGAGCCAACCAGUAUGCGGGCAAUUCGAGCAAGGUAUAACCCAUAUGUCCAAGCCAGGAGCAGGAUAGAUCAGCUAAAGCGCUUGGGUCAUAGUGUAGACAAGGUUGAGUUCAUUUUGAUGGGUGGUACCUUUAUGUCACUGCCAGCAGAUUAUCGUGAUUACUUCAUAAGGAAUCUCCAUGAUGCUCUGUCAGGCCACACCUCUGCCAAUGUUGAAGAGGCAGUUGCAUAUUCUGAGCAUAGUGCAACAAAGUGUAUUGGCAUGACUAUUGAAACGAGGCCAGAUUAUUGCCUUGGACCUCAUUUGCGGCAAAUGCUUUCUUAUGGUUGUACACGGCUGGAGAUUGGAGUCCAAAGCACAUAUGAGGAUGUUGCACGUGACACAAAUAGAGGGCACACAGUUGCUGCUGUGGCUGACUGUUUUUGUUUGGCAAAGGAUGCUGGCUUCAAGGUUGUUGCUCAUAUGAUGCCUGAUCUUCCUAAUGUUGGGGUCGAAAGGGACUUGGAAAGUUUUCAAGAAUUUUUUGAGAGCCCAUUAUUUAGAGCAGAUGGACUUAAAAUUUAUCCCACACUUGUCAUCCGCGGAACUGGGCUUUAUGAGCUUUGGAAAACUGGCAGAUAUAGAAAUUACCCACCUGAGCAACUUGUGGACAUUGUGGCAAGGAUCUUAGCCAUGGUACCUCCUUGGACACGUGUUUAUAGAGUUCAACGGGAUAUUCCCAUGCCUCUGGUUACUUCAGGAGUUGAGAAAGGAAACCUUCGUGAGCUAGCUUUGGCACGGAUGGACGAUUUGGGUUUGAAAUGCCGUGAUGUUCGAACACGGGAAGCUGGAAUUCAGGACAUUCAUCACAAAAUUAAGCCGGAAGAAGUUGAGCUUAUACGUCGUGAUUAUACAGCAAACGAGGGCUGGGAGACAUUUCUUUCAUAUGAAGACAUACGCCAGGAUAUUCUGGUUGGUUUGCUGCGCUUGCGGAAAUGUGGCCGAAAUGUUACUUGCCCAGAACUUAUGGGGAAGUGUUCAAUUGUCCGUGAACUCCACGUGUACGGAACUGCAGUUCCUGUUCAUGGCCGAGAUGCCGACAAAUUACAGCACCAGGGCUAUGGUACACUUUUGAUGGAGGAAGCAGAGCGGAUUGCUUGCAGAGAGCAUAGAUCUGAAAAGAUAGCUGUUAUUUCUGGUGUCGGAACUCGGCAUUACUAUAGGAAAUUGGGUUAUGGGCUUGAAGGGCCGUACAUGGUUAAAUAUCUUGUGUGAUAUAGGACUCAUCUGGUGGUGCAACACAAUUUUGUAAUCUUAUCUAGUGGGAUUAGUGUAAAAAUUUUCUAACUACUGAUAAGUAAUUUAUUGGAGUGAGCUUGCAUUUGUUAUU